AUGGCCAGUAUGGUGCAACCAUCGACGACGGCAGCGUCUCGCUCGCAACAGGUGGCCUGCCAAAGCCAACAAAUCGCUAUUGAGAUCGCUUCGGAACCGGUGCUACCUUCACCUCCCGCGCAACUCCAGAUUCAUCAUCAGGAACUACAGGCCCAUGCUCUGCUUGCUCAGUGCCAACAGCCUCAGUCUCUUUCGACGCCUAGCGUUGACAUUGUGCUGCGCGAGUCAACGCGGGCAAAUUUGAUCAGCCGGAAAAAAUCAUCGACCAGCGGAGAUAGGCGCGGUGGCAGUGUUGCCGGUGGUGGCAGAUCCGGUGGGCGAGACGACAAAGGUGAAGGAAAAUCUGUCUACCGAAAGUUCUUCAAGCGCAUCAAGACGAUACUGGACGGAAACGAUCCGACGGCGAAGAGCAAACCGGAAGCCGAGGAUCUGCCCGUUCCACAGCGCUACUACCCGGACUCGCUCGUUGAGUUGACGCGGACCGCCCGCUUUACCGAGGACGAAAUCAAACGAAUAUACCGUGGCUUUAAGGCGGAGUGCCCCACCGGCAUCGUCAAGGAGGAAACCUUCAAGGGCAUCUACUCGCAGUUUUUCCCGCUCGGUGCCAGCAGCGGUCAAUAUGCUCAUUACGUAUUCAACUCCAUUGAUCUGGACCGUAAUGGUUCAUUAAGCUUCGAGGAAUUCGUCGCAAAUCUAUCGAUUCUGCUGCGUGGCACCGUGGACGAGAAGCUACAGUGGACUUUCUCGCUGUACGACAUCAACGGUGACGGCUGUAUUACCAAGGAGGAAAUGAAAGAGAUCGUAACCGCCAUCUACGAGCUGAUGGGCAAAGUGCCCGAGGGCUGCGAGGAGGAACAGGCCAUUAAAGAUAAAGUCGAGCGGCUUUUCGAGAAAAUGGACCGCAACUGCGACGGAAAAAUAACACUGGACGAGUUCAUAGAAUGCUGUACCAACGACGAAAGCAUCCGACGUUCGAUUGCAGUUUUUGACACCAUAUUCUAGAAAGUGACUCAAUCGCGAGAAACGAUGAUAAAUAGUGAAAGCGGUUAAACCUGUCAACAUCUAGCAGUUUUUUGCGUUAUUAGCUUAAAAUUAUUGGAAGAAAAAUCCGACGCGUUGUUCACUACCCAGGUAACCAAUAAGCAUUAAAAGACUACUUUGGAAAAAUAAAUAGUCCUGUCAAUGUACUGACAAUGCUUAUUUGCAAUUGAUUAUUGUCAAGAAGAAUUAAAAUAGAAUUUUGGAUGCAAAUUUACAACGGAUAUUCAGUCAAAAAGCUCAUAUACAUCAAAGUUUGAUGGACUGCAAAUAUUAAUGCUUAUCGGUUACCUGGGUAUGGUGACUAAUUAAUAGCUUCGGUAAUUUAUACUUCAAAGUGAUAUUGCGGAGAGGACUUCUUUUCUUUUCCAUUUUAAUCUACAACGCUUAUGUGUAACCAGAUGAUCAGUACUUCAACUGCAACGUGAAACAUUUUUUCUAAGUGAUACGUAUGCACGUCAAAAGGAACGAAAAGUCCUCUACGAUACAAAGGAUGAUUAAAAAAUAAUCAUAACAGGAGAUAUAAGUGCCAUUGUCUUCUAGUUGGCCUCGAAGUACGACAUUGGUCUAACAAACUACUAGGUACUACUACUGGUUCAAAUCUCGACUGGGAGCAACUGUUGUCGAAAAAAAGGUCAGGUCAGGUUUCGAAACCGGAAAAAUGCACCUAAACUUUGCUUUUUUAUAAGUGUCAUUUAUAAUUAAAAAACAACAUUAUAAUUCUAUCGCAUUUAAUCUCCUGUUUUCCUAAAACAUGUUUUAUGGAUAAUCUAAAAUUUAGCUAUUUAUUUUUAUGACAGGAUUGUUAUUACAUUGCAUUGGAAGAUUUGAUCGUUACAAAGUGCUUAAUACAAUCGAAAAGGUGUGGAUAAUCCUUAGCGAUUAGAUAUUGGUUUUCAUCGUCGUUCGCUGUUUGAAAAUGAGUAGGAAAGCACGAACAGCCAAUAAAGCAUGACUAUGUUAGGAUUUACGUCGAAUGGCUGAUUUAACCAUAUGAGUUUCGCGUUACCUGCUGUUUCGAUAGCUAAACAAGAGCAUUAUGUGUACUAACAAUAUGUUCAAUAAAAAUCUAAAACCCGAUUAACUGAGGCAAAAUGUAGCUCCAGGAACGGCAGUAAAUCAUGAAUGUUAGUUGUUUGUACAAUAAAAGGAUAAUUUGUUAGUUAUACCUAUACAGUAAAUGCAACAGUGAUAUUAGGUGUUAAUAAUGUCAAAGAUCAUAAUUAUUUCAUGCUUCCUUCCCUCAUAAUUACAAUCGUAAUUUGUCGCAAUCAGCUGUUAAAUGUAGGCAGGUCUAAAUGAAAUCGACUAUCACUUUAUCACGACGUUUAUCAAACUUUCUAAUUGUGUUUGUAGUUGAGGUCCAGUUGUCUAGAUGAGCACAAAAUAUAAAAACGAUGUAUUUAAAUUGGUUACAGUUGCACCCUUUCUUCCCUGACCUUGUAGUUACCAAAACACUGAUUGCAUCUAGAUUGUUUGUUGGUCUUCUGAAAUUAUUCAACUUCACGUUCACCUGUUACCUACAAGAACUUAUAUUAAUCCUAUUCUCUAAAAUUUUGGACUUCCUACUUAAGAUGCAUGUAGUAUAUCACAAAAAAUGCAAACUAUUAAAACUGUUUAUAUUUAAUGAUUGUUAUACAUUAGUAUUAGCUAAUUUCUUUUCUCCUGCUUCAGAAAGUUUAAUGCUAGACAGAAUACUAUCCUAAUCGAAAAACUCUAUUACUAAUAUUACACCAACUCCUUGUUGAAUUGUUUCCCAAAUCAAUCAAUACUCUAAGAACCUGAAACUAUCAAAAAUAUCUGGUUAGAUGUCGAUGAAUGUUCAAUGUAGACAAUUACUAAACGAACCAACUAUGAACAUGAAAUCAUAAAAAAAUAAAUAGUCCACACAAGGCAGAAUGUAUGUGGAUCCAAAGAACUAUAAGAACUAUAUCAUUAACAAUAGUUAAUACACUAAAUUCAACCAUUCGGUUAAUAGAUCAUUUCUAAUGCUCCGGAACCAAUGAAUUAACUCCAGUGAUAGAACUGUAAGUGUUUGUGUGUAUUAUAUACAUGUUUCCCAUGGUGGUAUAUAUUUGGUACAUCCCUUCCAGAGAAUAGAAUUUGUAACGAUGUUGUUCUUACAUACGAAAGAAAAUUCAACGACUGGACUUGAACCAAAAGUCACACAUAUGAUGUAUUUAUAAAAUUUUAGGAUCGAAACUUGAAAUCCAUUGUUGUUUUUGUUAUCCUACUUCGUGGGCAUUUUGAGAGAAAAAUUUUCAGCCAGUCCGGGCAGGACUAUUCUUGAAUAACUCUAACGAUUGUUGUUAAUUGUCCCAAAAAUUCAUACUUUAAACCGUAAGAUAAAAUCUAAUAGAAGGGUUCAUCCGCAUUUAUGAAUGUUACUGAUCAGAUAGGAAAUGAAAGCUUACUGUUAAAUGCAUAUUUGUCCACAGAAACCGUUGUUUUUAGGCUAAUUAAAGCUUCGAACAGAUUAGCUGUCUUACUAUUUGUCGUAGAAUAGACCCAAAGUAACGUGAUUGUGGUAAUACAAGAAGUGCGACCCUUAUUCAGUUGUUUCGAUG